GAUCGUGGAGGCGGAGUCAUGUGACUAACAUAAUGGCCUGGAUCUAACCUGCUCCGUUAUUGCCGGCUUUAUCCCGGAGAGAGAUGGUGGCGUGCAAGGUUUGGACCGGCCUCGGAGGGGCGGAGGGGCGGUUGCUUCUGCUGCUGCUGGGGCUGCUUCCGCAGCCCCAGAGCCUCGCGUGGGCGUCCGGCUUCCGAGUCCUUCACCAACGCGUGCAGCGCCGGGACCCCAGCGCUUCUCACUACGUCCUGGAUGACGUCCCUGGGCUCGGCCGGGUGUUUGACGGCAUCGGCGGGCUGAGCGGCGGCGGGGCAACCUCUCGACUUCUGGUCAAUUACCCGGAGCCCUAUCGUUCUGAAAUAUUGGAUUAUUUAUUUAAGCCAAACUUUGGUGCCUCCUUGCAUAUUCUCAAAGUGGAAAUAGGUGGUGAUGGACAGACAACAGAUGGCACUGAGCCCUCUCUUAUGCACUAUGCAAAUGACAAGAACUAUUUCCGGGGCUAUGAGUGGUGGCUAAUGAAGGAAGCUAAGAAGAGGAAUCCCAAUAUUAAACUUGUUGGGUUGCCAUGGUCAUUUCCAGGUUGGAUUGGUCAGGGUCAAAACUGGCCCUAUGUUGCACCCCAAAUUACUGCUUCAUAUGUUGUGACUUGGAUAUUGGGUGCUAAACAACAUCAUGAUUUGGAUAUCGAUUAUAUUGGGAUUUGGAAUGAGAGAGCUUUUGACAGUCGAUAUAUAAAGGUGUUAAGAAAAAUGCUUUAUCAAUAUGGCCUGGAUAGAGUGAAGAUCAUAGCCAGCGAUAACCUCUGGCAGCCCAUUUCCUCUGCUAUGCUAAAUGAUCAUGAACUCAUGGAAGCCAUCGAUGUUAUCGGGGCUCAUUAUCCUGGAACUCGUAGUGUACCUGAAGCCCUGAAGACCAACAAAACACUCUGGUCUUCUGAAGAUUAUAGCACUUUCAAUAAUGAAGUGGGCGGAGGCUGCUGGGCCCGCAUCUUGAAUCAGAAUUAUGUGAAUGGCAACAUGACUGCCACAAUCGCUUGGAACUUGGUGGCUAGUUACUAUCAGCAGCUACCUUUUGGGAGAGAUGGAUUGAUGACCGCUCAGGAGCCGUGGAGUGGGCAUUAUGUUGUAGAGAGUCCUAUCUGGAUUUCAGCUCAUACCACCCAGUUUGCUCAACCAGGAUGGCGAUACCUGCGAACAGUUGGGCACUUAAAUAAAGGUGGAAGCUAUGUAGCUCUUACUGAUGGUUUAGGUAACCUCACUAUUAUCAUUGAAACCAUGACUCAUGACCAUUCAAAAUGCAUAAGGCCACCUCUUCCUUUAUUCAUAGUAUCUGAACAAGCAGCAAGUUUCUCUUUUAAGGGCUCCUUUAAAAAAUUAAGAACACUACAGGUAUGGUAUACCAAACUCAGGAGCAAAGCUGGGAAUAGCUCUGUCUUAUUCAAACAACUACCUCCUUUAAAGAUUACUAAUGGCACAGUCACAUUAAAAUUGGGUGUAGAUGAAGUAUAUACUUUAACAACCAUCACUACAGGUCAGAAAGGCAGUUAUCCUAUUCCUCCAGAAUCACAGCCAUUUCCAUCUAGCUAUAAAGAUGAUUUCAAUAUUCGUAAUCCACCUUUUAGUGAAGCUCCAAAUUUUGCUGAUCAGACAGGAGUAUUUGAGUACUUCACCAAUGCCCAAUGCUCAGCGGACCAUGCCUUCACCUUACGCCAAGUGGUCACUCAGCGACCUGUCACUUGGGCCUUUGAUGCAUAUCAGACAAUCAGUAUUAUAGGAGAUUAUAACUGGAAGAAUCUUAUAAUAAGUUGUGAUGUCUACAUAGAGACACCAGCUACAGGUGGUGUGUUCAUUGCUGGACGAGUAAAUAAGGGCGGGGUAUUCAUUCAGAGCGCCAUGGGAAUUUUCUUCUGGGUUUUUGCAAAUGGGACUUACCAGGUUACAAGAGAUCUUGCUGGACUGUGGAAAGUGAAGGAAGGACUUGCCAAUGUCAGAUCUGGGAAAUGGUACACCCUCACUCUGGAUAUUAAAGACUCUUAUGUUGGUGUCUUACUAGAUAAUACGCUUCUCUGGAAAGGUGGGCAGAUCUCACAACCCCAGAAUGGUUGGGCAGCGAUUGGAACACAUACCUUUGAGUUUGCACAGUUUGACAACUUUCAUAUAGAAGCUACAAAUUAGAGUUCUUGAAACUCUCAGAUAAUGACUCCUCUCUCCUCCACACCUCUUUUGGAAUCAAAGUCAAUUCUUUAGGGCUUUUUGAGACUGGAAACAUUGAAGGAAUUUGUUUUUCAUACUUGAUACAACUGUAUGUUUGGAGUACUUUUUUCUUAUAGUUCUAAUUUUUUAACAUCACUUCAUAGAUUAUAUGUUGCUUCAUUUUCUUAACGAUUUUGCCAUUGAGAUCUCACAAUGAUUAUAUUCUGAUAUUGAGGGAAUUGGACUCAUGUGUAACACUAAUAAAUAUAACUUGAACGGCUUGUUUAUUAUUGUUUGACAUACUUCAACGUGUUACAUGUCAUGAUGAAUGAAAUACUUUCUUAAUUUCCAAGGAUCUUUUGUCUCUACCAAAUAGUCUCAUGCAAUGCCCAGGGGAGCUUCAAGGGCAGUGUUUUAUGGAUUACCAUGGUGUUUCAUCCUUACAUUCUAGAAGGACUUUUAAAAAAUGGUGAUGGAAGCAAAUACAGGACCAUUUCUAAAAUGCCUUAUUAGUAAACUACCUCCUAAGCUUUCUCUAGUCAGUAAUAGAGAAAUGAAUAGAUAAUUUGGGACCUUGAUUGUAUAAUAUUGCUCUUAAUUACCUGUUUUAAAGUUAUUCUCCUCACUGUUGGUGCAGUCAGUAUUUUUGUUUGUAGAAAGAAGAGGGGAAUUGUGCCUUGGCUUAUCACACAAAAUGAAAUUGUUGAAUGACUUUUUGAAUUUUCUCACCAGCUGCAAUUUAACAAACUCUUUAAUACAUGAAUCAGUUUAUAUUUGAAGAGUGUUCCAUAUGCUUUUUAUAUGAUAUAAUUUGCUUCUAAAAUUGCUUUAUUAGUAAACUACCUCCUAAACUUUCUUCAGUCAGUAAUAGAGAAAUGAAUAUAUAAUUUGGGACCUUGGUUAUAUAAUAUUGGUCUUAAUUACCUUUUGUUUAAGUCAUUUUGCUCACUGUUGGUAAUGUUUUUCUAGUGGUCUUCAUUAUCUACUGACAACUUUCAAGGCUUACUGAUAUUAAAAGUUAAAAAUUGAUGUCAACACUGUAUUGUAGUUCAAAGGCAUCUGAAAUAGGCUGUCUGACAGGUUACUUUGUUCUAAAUACGUAGCCUGUUUAAGAGGAAGUACCCUACAUGUCUAUUAUUUGUGUAAUGUACAUUUUAUAAUACAUUUAAUAACUGU